AUGGCAAGCCAAACCCUCGCGCCUUACAAGGCGACCUUCCUGCAGGCGGCCAUCGAUGGCGGGGCACUCAAGUUCGGCACCUUUGAGCUCAAGUCGAAGCGCAUAUCCCCCUACUUCUUCAACGCAGGCAACUUCUACCGCGCAGACUUACUGCGCGCCAUUUCGACCGCAUACGCCAGCGCCAUCAUCGAGGCACGCGAGCAGAUCGGGCUAGAGUUCGAUGUCGUCUUCGGCCCCGCUUACAAGGGCAUUCCCCUGGCGACCGCCACAGUCGACAAGCUGGCCGAGCUCGACCCGGCUCACUACGCGCAGACGUGCUACUCGUUCGACCGCAAGGAGGCCAAGGACCACGGCGAGGGCGGCAACAUUGUGGGUGCGCCGUUGAAGGGCCAGAAGGUCCUGAUCGUGGACGACGUCGUCACGGCCGGCACCGCCAAGAGAGAGGCCAUCGAGAAGAUCCGCAAGGAGGGGGGCAUCGUCGUGGGCAUUAUCGUGGCGGUGGACCGCAUGGAGAAGCUGCCCGCCGCGGACGGCGACGACAGCAAACCCGGGCCGAGCGCCAUCGGCCAGAUGCGCAAGGAGUACAGCAUUCCUAUCCUCGCGAUCCUGACACUGGACGACAUCAUCGAGGGCAUGAAGAGCUUCGCCUCUGGGGACGAUGUCAGAAGAACAGAGGCCUACCGCCUGAAAUACAAAGCCAGUGAUUAG